AUGGAUAUGGUGCGUGACAUCAGAAAUUUGCAUCUCGGCGAAGCUCCUUCAGAUGAGACAAAGAAGAGUGUUCCCAGCCAGAAGGAACCCAAAACUCCUCUAGGAGAGAGGAAGAAGAGCUCACUUAAUCUGAAGGAGACCGAAGGAACUAUCUCUGGCAAGAAGGAGAGAAACAUUCUGGACUUGAAAGGCAGUAUCAAACGUUCCAUGAGUCAGAUGCCCAAACCACAGAGACCCCAUACAAACCUGGGUGCGGUUUUCGAGCCACUGGCUCAAGAGGAACGCCCAAUGGAGCCCACUGCUUGAGGGGAACAAUGGGAGUCAGGAGUCGCUGGGGAAGGAUGUGUAGGGAAAAGGCUUUUCUCAUGGAGGUUCAUUCUUGACCGUAACGACUAGAGGAAGCAGUUUACUAGUGAGACUCAGGUUGUCGUUAUCUGCUUUAAUUUACUUG